AAAGCGAACCGAACGAAACGUCAUUCAUUACUAUUUUGCUUUAGUUAGACGCCAGACUGUCGGCAAAAUUAACGCAGUGUUGAAUAUUCCACAUAGGAAUAUCAAACUUGUUUGUUUUGUGGGAAUUGUGUGAAACUUACUAUCAUUAUGUCUGGAUUCAACCCCUAUGGCAGCCCCCAAUACCCGCCUCCACAGCACCCGAUUUACCCGCAGCUGUACAACCCGGCCAAUGCUCCCCCUCCGAUGCAGCCGGGUCAGCCUGCCCCUACAGCGUACCCCCAUGGGGCCAAUCCUCAGUACCCGUACCAGCCUGGGUUCGCGUACCCGUACCCUGGUCAGCAGCCGCCACAGGGCCAGCCAGGUCACCCGGCAGCGAUGUCGUACCCCAGCGUGACCCCCAGUGCGCCGAUGCCAGGAAAUGCGCCUAUGCCAGGAAACUACAUGGCUCCUGACUUUCCACACGUCAGUCCCAUGCCUGUUCAAAGUGUAGAGUGGAUACCGUCGACGCCCCAUACAGCUCAGUCCCUGAGCGACAGAGCCGUGGUGGCUGGGUAUGAAGGUCACGACGGAAGCCCUCUCUGGGUGAUCCGGUCCAGAUAUGAGGGUGAUCUGAUACCCGGCAAGUUGGCGAUCAAACACCACGCUGCCUACAUUCCGUGGGGAGGCAAGGAGAAUGCUGUACAGAACUUUGAAGUAUGUUGUGCUCGACCUGAGACCAUCCGUUGGUUAGAGUCCAGGGACGGUGCCAUUCCUCCCAAGGCCGUAGUGGCUGGUCAGACUUCGAAUGGUGAACCAUUGUAUGUUGGCAGAGCUAAGCAACAGGGUUCAUUGACUCCUGGCAAAGUACACCCGUCACAUAAGGUUCUGUAUAUUUCAUUCGCCGGGUUGGAACAUCCACACAAAGUCUACGAGGUGCUGUGUACAAUCUAAUUGUAAUCGAUGGAUACGUAAAUGUUAGUACCUCAUCAUUAUUUUUUGAAACUGUUACUAUGUAAGCUUUAGAUUAUGGUAAAGUGUUGGAUUUACAGGUUUUAUUAUUUUCAUACACUGAUUUUAAAGAUGUGCCAAAGUUACAUUGGCACUGUUAAGAAUAUUAUGAAUUUCUGUUAUGUUGUAAAAGUAUAAUGAUGUGGGACAAUAACCGUGUCUCACUCUACUCAAUUAAUGAGUCUCAUUGUAUUUAAGAGAUACUAUUGUUAUUAGUAGCGCGUGUCAAAUGAUAUAUAUAUUAAGUAUUACUAUGAAUUAUUAAAAUGAUUACUUUUAUAUUCCACAAAAAUAAA